CCCGAAAAAUGGUCCCCACAACAUGAAUAAAAAACAUUUUUUAUUAUAUAUUGUGGGGGACAUCUGGUCCCCACAAAGUAAUAUAACCCUAAUUCACAUACAUACGGACGCGAAAGUACACGCACGCACGUGACUUCUUAUACCGUAGAGUGGGUUUAAAAGCCCUGCAGUCAACUUUAAAAUAACUUUUAGCAGCAGUAUCUACUGCAGUUUCAUUAGACUGGGCUUAUUAAGAGAAUCACAUAGUAAAACAACACAGGGCGAAAACAAACAAGUGUCCCACUGUCUGACGGUGGAAAUAAUGAGAUGACGGUUGGUACGUUAUUUUUUUCGCUGCAAGGGCAACUUUUUUCAAGCUGAUGACAUUGUAGAAGGGAGUGCAGCGCGCGCCUAGGGGAGCUCUUUCUUCCUGUUAUAUUGAAGGGAGAGCAGGUGCUGCCCGGAUUACCAUACAGCUGAGAGCACAAAGAACAAACUUAUUCUUCCCUCACACAAUAACAAAGUGCCUUAAUGACAGCCACGCGAGCGACACACACCAACCCACUUUUUACUGUCCAGCUUAAGUAUGUAAGAGGAAAAAUCUAUACUUGUACAAACUUAACAAAACCAUUAUGUGGUACUGUUGCAAGUCUCGUCCUGGACACAGAGACAAGCACAGUUUUGAAAAUGAAUGAAGUUAUAUUUCGAUGUAUAUUGCAAAAAGCAAACUGUGUGGAACGGCACGACGAUCAAAACAAGAUAGUAAAGUAAACACCGGAGCAAUCCAGCGUGGCUGAGACCAACUCUCCUUGUCCGUUCUCAAAGUUUGAAGUUGAUAGAUUGCCUUUCUAUUUUAAGUCAGACUUUUUUUUUUAAAGAAACAUUAUUUCGCCCUAUUUUGGAACGUUCUUAGAAAGGAAAAAUACUACGUACAAAACCAGUGAAUUUCGUUCACACACGUUGUAUCCCCCCAUACAACGUGUGUGAACGAAAUUCAUUGGUUUUGUACGUAGUAUUUACUGUGGCUGUAUAUGUGUGUGUGUGACAUACAAACACAGGAGAAAUGUAUAUAAAUACUUUCGGAAUAUACGUGAUAAAUGUCUUACCUCUUGAUGUUAAUAUAAUAGUAGCUAUAUACUAUAUGUCCCGUUCAUUUAAAUUUUGACUGAAUAAAAUUCACAUUUUCUUUGAAGUUGUGCCCAAAUAUACACGAACAUGUAUUUAAAACACUCCAAAAUAUGUUUAAUUAUUAUACAAUCCCGUGUGCACGUUUGUACUGCCGGAGUAACACCAUUACUUAUCUGACACCUGAGGAAUGGAGGGUGCUGUAAUUUGAGAUUUUGUGUCAUGAAAGGAUGUAAAGGAUUCUUACGGUUAAAUUUUUGCUGGAAUGGAAAUGAGCAUGCUUUGUGCCAUGGGGAAGGAUUGCACAUUUUACAGCUCAGUGACCAUUUGGCGAUCUUUUGAGAGGGUUUUUUUUUUUUUGAAAAGUGUUCCUUUGUGACAGCUCGAGCCAGAUUGGGGGGUAGCUCAUUUGCAUCUCAUUACCCAAGCAGGCAGCGGUCUGUAUAAAACUGGCGGCAGGAGGACGAGAACAUCAGACACACGCAUAGUUUCAUGUCUUGCAAAGAACAAGUAAGAAAGCAGCGAGGAAGUAUCUUGGAUCAGUACCAUCAUUGCUCGUAACACACCAAGGGGGAAAACACGCCGCACACAAGCACCUCUGCGGCUUAGUUGUCGUUUUCUUUGCACCUACAAGUUAGAAUCUGUGCUGAACUGUAAUAUUUAAUUUCACUAUUGGAAUUAUUGCCUUGGCAAGGAAUUUCGAGCUCAUUCCCAAAAUUUCAUUUUGGGGUCUUGCUCCGCUCAUUGUCUCGUUGGGGAUUACUUUGUUUAUUUACUUUUCGGAGAAGAAAAGUGCAUGAACUGAUGCAAGAAGAUAAAGAGAAGACGGUCUGAAGAGAAAGAAAUACCACAUAAGACGUUCGUCUCAAUUUUGCACUCAUUAAACAAAGGACGGAUCUGAGACAGUGGGACCAGUGAGAAAAGACUAACUUUCAAUAAAUAUCUGAGCUGGGACGUGCAAAAGUUGCCCAGGCUCUACAAUCUAGCGUCUAAAGAAGAUUUAACCAAAAUGGGACGUCAACCGCUUAUGAUAGCUGCUAUCUUGUGUGCCUUGAUGUGCCAGGUAAGACGAAUAUUUCUGUGCAUGUUUACAUGCAUACAUCUUAUUCACUCAAGUUGUUAUUAAAUCGAAAAGUGUUUCCAGGUCGAAUAAUCGAACGUAUAUAUAUAAUACUUCCACAGGCUUUUGGCUCUGGCGUUUUUGAACUGAAGUUACAGGAAUUCCUGAACAAGAAAGGAGUGAUGGGCAACACGAACUGCUGCAAAGGAGGGACUGCGUCCGGCUUCCAGCAGUGUGAAUGUAAAACGUUUUUUAGGAUCUGCCUAAAGCACUACCAGGCUAACGUGUCCCCCGAGCCCCCGUGCACUUACGGAGGCGCUGUAACCCCUGUACUCGGGUCCAACUCUUUUCAAGUCCCCGAAACAACAUCAGACAACUUUUUCACCAACCCAGUCAGAUUCCCUUUCGGCUUCACAUGGCCUGGGACCUUUUCUCUAAUCAUCGAAGCGCUGCACACUGACUCCAGCGAGGACCUUUCAACAGAAAAUCCUGAGCGACUGAUCAGUCGCAUUACGACUCAGCGGCACCUCACGGUGGGAGAAGAGUGGUCCCAGGACCUGCAAACCGGGGGCAGGACUGAGCUGAAGUACUCCUACCGCUUCAUUUGCGACGAACAUUACUACGGCGACGGCUGCUCCGUGUUUUGCCGGCCUAGGGACGAUGCUUUUGGCCACUUCACCUGCGGGGAACGAGGCGAGAUCGUGUGCAAUGCCGGCUGGAAGGGACAUUACUGCACCGAUCCGAUCUGCCUCCCCGGCUGCGACGAGGAACACGGCUUCUGUGACAAACCUGGGGAAUGCAAAUGUCGGGUGGGCUUCAGUGGACGUUACUGUGAUGACUGCAUCCGUUACCCAGGCUGUCUCCAUGGUACCUGUCAACAGCCCUGGCAGUGCAAUUGCCAGGAAGGCUGGGGAGGCCUCUUCUGCAACCAAGAUCUCAAUUACUGCACCCACCACAAGCCCUGCAUGAAUGGAGCCACUUGUACUAACACUGGCCAGGGGAGCUACACCUGCUCUUGCCGGCCAGGCUUCACGGGGGCCAGUUGCGAGAUUGAGGUCAACGAAUGCUCCAACAACCCCUGCAGGAAUGGGGGAAGCUGCACUGAUCUGGAGAACACCUACAGCUGCGUCUGCCCACCUGGUUUCUAUGGCACCAACUGCGACCUGAGUGCCGUCACCUGUGCUGACGGUCCAUGCUUCAAUGAUGGGCGCUGUGUGGACAACCCGGAUGGGGGCUACUUCUGCCAGUGCCCCGCGGGAUACUCCGGCUUCAACUGUGAGAAGAAAAUUGAACCCUGCAGCUCCAGCCCCUGCACCAAUGGUGCUCAGUGCAUGGACCAUGGCACAUCAUAUUUGUGUCAGUGUCUGGAAGGCUUUGUUGGGAAGAACUGUGAUGACAGCAUAAAUAUGUGCUCCAGCUACCCUUGCCAGAAUGGUGGCACAUGUCAGGACGGCAUCGAUGACUAUACCUGUACGUGUCCACCGGGCUACGUAGGCAAGAACUGCAGCCAACCUGUGAGCUGGUGUGAGCACAACCCAUGCCACAACGGCGCCACCUGCCACGAGCGUGACGGCCGCUACGUGUGUGCCUGUUUCCAGGGCUACGGUGGCAAGAACUGCCAGUUUCUGCUUCCUGAGCACUCUGGAAGCCAGCCAGAUGUGAAGGCACCUGGAAAGAGGUACUCAGAGGCAGGCGAGUUGCCGUGGACCGCUGUGUGCGCUGGUAUCAUCCUGGUGCUCCUGCUGCUGCUGGGUGGUGCUGUGCUGGCUGUGUAUUUCCGGGUGAAGGGUCAGCGUCAGGGCCAGCUGGCAGACGGGCAUAGCGAGUCUGAGACCAUGAACAACCUGACCCACAACCGCCACCAUGAGAAGGACCUUUCAGUAAGCGUGGUUAGCUCCACGCAGAUCAAGAACACCAACAAGAAGGUGGACUUCCGUUGCGACAACGGCAGUGCAGAGCGAAACAGCUACAAGGCCCGCAACCCUGCCAUGGAUUACAAUCUGGUGUACGAGCUGAAGCACGAGGAGCUGCCUAUAGUGCCGGGCAAUCAUGGCAGGGGCGACUGCGAGCUGCAAGAGAAGCACUGCAAACGGCUAAAGAGUGAUGCUUCAGAAAUAAAGCAGCCAGAGUCUGCAUGCAAAGAUACAAAGUACCAGUCCGUGUACGUGAUAUCUGAAGAGAAGGAUGAAUGUAUUAUCGCAACUGAGGUCUAACAGCACGACAGGGUCCUGCUUCUUGUCUGCUCUAUGGGGAGGUUUUACUCCAGUGAAUGCUGCUCAAACCAGAGGGAAGGUUUCCUUAGUGUGAGGUGCUGCUGCGGGACUGAGACGUCAAAACUGAUAUUCAGGAUGAGCUGGUUCUCAACUGAAGCGAGCACAGCGACUGCACAGGAUGUUGGCCCUUGGCGGCCUGCUCUCAUUACGUUUUCCAGGAAGGUGCAUGUUGGUCCUGUUGCACCAGCUGCGAGGACGGUUUUACCUCAUUGCACUAUGAACAGUUGUGUUUUUUUAUGGCAUAUCUAAUGCGAAUGACGGCGACUCGAUCACUGUGUACAUCAAACCUGCAAUGGCCGCGGUAUCCCAAUGUCGCCACCCUGGUGACACCAUGCUGUCCGUUCUGUUCAAAUACUGUGGCUUUUUUGUAAGUUGUAUUCUUUUAUUUAAUUGUACUAUAUGUGUUCAAUUUUGUGAAUUGAUGUAUUUUGUGAAGUUCAUUUUUUUUAUAAUUUUUUAAUUUAAGAUUUUUUUUUGCAAAUGUGUAUAAAGGCACUUCGGGUUAACGUGACUUUUUUCCCAGCAAAAAUGUAUUUAAGAAGCUUUGUACAGAAUUUAUUUUAAUUGUGUAAUUACUGUUUUGUUAAUGAAAAAAAAUCAUUGAUUAUUUUUUCAAAUAAAUAAUAUUAUACAAAUGGAA